GGAAGGCGGCGGGCCGGUGUGGCCCAAGGUGGCGGAGGGCGCCAUGGUAGGUGGUGAGGCCGCCGCCGCGGUGGAGGAGCUGGUUUCGGGGGUGCGACAGGCGGCCGACUUCGCGGAGCAGUUCCGCUCCUACUCGGAGAGCGAGAAGCAAUGGAAGGCUCGCAUGGAAUUCAUCUUACGCCACUUGCCCGACUACCGCGACCCGCCGGAUGGCGGUGGCCGCCUGGACCAGCUGCUGUCCCUCUCCAUGGUGUGGGCUAACCACCUCUUCCUGGGCUGCAGUUACAACAAAGACCUUUUAGACAAAGUGAUGGAAAUGGCUGAUGGGAUUGAAGUGGAAGACCUGCCACAGUUUACUACCAGAAGUGAAUUAAUGAAAAAGCAUCAAAACUAAGGCAGAAGAUUCAUCACAUUUUCAACAUCAGCUUAGGAAGGAGGCUGGGAUGAAUGUGACAUUGACCACAGCAGCUCUCUUAAGAUUCCUGGUAUUUCAACCUGUAGGAAAUCAAGAGGCAAUUGGAAUGACAGAUAGUCUUGUCUAGAUUGGAGUUUUAAAAGGUCUCAUUCUUCCAGUAGCUAUCAUUCUAAAAGUGUGCAUGGAUAUUUACAUAUUUAUAAAUCAUGCCUUCUUUUUUUAUUUUUACUUUUUGAAUGUCAAACUUUUUGUUAAAAAUGCCUAUUUUUUUUAUGUUGAUGUAAUAAUUGCAGGUAAUGAAUUUUACAAUUUGGAUUUUUCAACAAUGUUAUCUUCAAGUCUGA